CUCCGUCGAGGUUGUUUGUGUGUUAGUCGAGAUCCUCUACCGCAAACUCUGUUCACACUCCUUUCUCUUCCCAGACAGUCUAGGUCUACAGAACACACAACCACCACAUUCCUUAGCUCUUGAAGCUUAGUAUCAAGCCUACAGCAGCAAUCAUGCACCUAAAGAACCUCAUUCCUACUCUCGUUCUCCUCCUCCCCGCCGCACAGGCCUGGGAUUCUCCCGACUACUCAGGCUUCACCCGUCUCUGGCUCGACAACUUCGCCGGCGCCUCGGGCACGGGCGUCAACGAGGGCAACUGGAACAUCAUCACCAACCUGCGCGUCAACAACGAGAUCCAGGACUACACGACCUCGCGCUCAAACCUGCAGAUCUCGGGCGGCGGCACCGUCCAGAUCGUCCCGCAAAAGGACGCCGCCGGCCGCUGGACCUCUGGCCGCAUCGAGUCCAAGUACACCUUCACCCCGGCCGCCGGCCGCCUCACCUUCGCCGAGGGCCAGAUCCGCUUCGGCGACAACGCCAUCGGCAACAAGAAAGGGAUCUGGCCGGCGUUCUGGAUCCUCGGCGACUCGAUCCGCCGCGGCGUCAGCUGGCCGCGCUGCGGUGAACUCGACGUGCUCGAGACGGUCAACGGGCAGCUGACGGGAUACGGCACGGCGCACUGCGACGUGCUGCCCGGCGGCGCGUGUAACGAGCCCAACGGCAUCGGCGGCGCCAUCGGCAUCCCGGACCAGGGGUGGCAUAACUGGCGCAUCCAGUGGGACCGCCGGCCGAACAACUGGCAGGCCGAAACCAUCACCUGGUUCCGCGACGGGCAGGUCUUCCACCAGAUCAGCGGCGCGAGGGUCGGCAGCGAGGGGAUCUGGAGCACGCUGGCCCGCGCCCCCUUGUUCUUCAUCCUGAACGUCGCCGUCGGCGGGAACUGGCCCGGAAACCCGGACGGCGCUACCAUCGGCGGCUGGGGGAGCAUGAUGGAAACCGCCUACGUCGCGGUCUACCAGUCUCAGUAGGUAUCGGCCUGGGCCUUCCUUUUGGACAUACCUUUGUGAAAUUGUUUGUUGCUGCUCCUGCAACUACGCCGUUCGCUGUACAUAUGUAUCGAGCAUACUUAGAUACCCACCUCUGUCAACUACAUAUCCUAUGAUUCAUCACAUUCUUUAGAUAGUCAAGUACACCUCCUCACACUGAGCUAAGAAGAAACUUU